AUGGCGACGCCCUAUGUGACGGACGAGACCGGGGGCAGGUACAUCCCCUCCACGCAGCGCCCGGACGGGACCUGGCGGAAGCAGCGCCGGGUCAAGGAGGGCUACGUGCCCCAGGAGGAGGUGCCCGUCUACGAGAACAAAUACGUGAAAUUCUUCCGGAGCAAACCCGAGCUGCCGCCGGGUCUGAGCCCCGAGGCCGCCGCCCCCUCCCCGCCGGGCCGAGGGACCCCCGGGCGGCCCGAUGGGGGCGGCUGCGACCCCUCCCCAACUUUGUCCAAGAGCGCCCGAAGGAACCUGAAACGCAAAGAGAAAAGGAAACAGCAGCAGGAAAAAGAUCGGGAGAACCACGGGGACAGACUGAGCCAGGAGCUGGAAAAAAUCAACCUGGGAGAUUCGGGGGGCAAUCCUGGCACCCCCUCGGGCAGCCCCCCCGUGCCCAGCCCCGGGAUCACCCCCGGCCCCUCGGAGCGGGCCCGGCGCAUCAAGAGCCUGCGGAAGAAGCUGCGGCAGGUGCAGGAGCUGCAGCAGCGCCUGGAGGGGGGCGCGCUGGCCGAGCCCAGCCCGGAGCAGCUGCAGAAGCUGGGCCGGAGGAGGGCGCUGGAGGAGGAACUGAGGGCGCUGGAGCUGGACUCGGAGUGAGGGCGGCUGGGGUUUCUAGAGGUUUUUUUAAGUUAUUUUUUGGGGUUUUAUUUUGUUUCCUUUUGGGUUUUUUUUUGUUUUUUUUUUUAUUUUAGUUUAUUU